AUGGGGUGCGCGGCGUCGGCGACCGACGACAGGGCUGAGCAGCGGCGGAGGCGGGGGCGGGGGCGGGGGAGGGGGCGGGCGGCGGGCCACAACAGCGAGACGUCCACCACGGGCGUCCUGGUGACGCGCCACCAGAACGACGGCCAGCCGGAGCCGACUUCCGCCGCCGUAGCGGCCGCGAGGAGGCGCGGGUGCAAGGUGGCGCCGGAGCCCAAGGAGGAGGACGGCGCGGCGGCGGCGUUCCUUCUGGCGAUGCCCGGCUCCCCCAGCUUCCGGUUAUACUGCCAGAAGUCCUCCGCCGUCGACGCGCUCGUCGCCGACGCCGACGGCGGCGACAGCGACGCCAGAACCACCAAGGAGACGCCUCAGCCGAUCAAGAACGAUGGCCGCGCCGUCGUCGUGCCUGGCUCCGUCGAGCUCUCCAAACCGGAGGCGAGCAGGUGGCUGAGGUUCAGAUGCCUCGUCGCCGCCGCGGUGUGCAGCUUGUUCAGCCGCCAUGGCACUGCAGCUUCAGCUUCAUCUCAUCCUCCUCCUGCCGCAAAAUCUCACCAUCGCUGAGCCGCUUCAGACUCUGCUGCUGCUGCAGCAGGAUCAUCUCAUCUCUGAAUGAGAUAUUUCACAUUGGACUUCUCAGCUUGUAAACUGUGGCUGAUCCAGAUGAUGAUGCUCUGCAUCAUUUGCUGUAUUUUUAAUGUUGGUUUUGUUUGUAAGCUAACCCUCCUGCAUUUGAGAAAACUGAUCUCGUGGAUGAUGGAAGGAGCUCCAGUGAUUUGCUGCUCCUUUUGUGUAUUAUAGAAAAGAAAUUCUAAUUAGGUUGAAAGGAAAGGAGAAGCAUAGUGGAUUUGGAAGGUGUUCAUCCAGGUUUGAUGAGCUGAGAAGAAUUUCUGUCUCUCUGAUUUCAAUCUGGAUAUGAUUUGAAUGUAUACAGAAUUUCUCAGGAGUAGAUGGCCAUAAGACAGCUUAAAGAUAGAAAAUUGAUUGAUCUUUUUUUUUGAA